AAUUUGACAACACAAGUUCGUUUGGUUUGUUUUUUUUGGUAAAAUGUUAAGCUUACCAUUUUCUGAAGAAAUUACAAUGUUGUUGUUAAACAACUUAUUACAGAGAUAAAGAAACAGACAACAACCCAACUUAAACAACUUUCGUUUGUUUAUUACGUUACAAUCAUGAAUUCGUGAUAGUUAUUGCAACACUAUAGGGUAUCAUUUAUUUACAUCAUAACUUCUAUUCUCCAACAUUUAGAACAUGUUUUCUCACACAAAAAAUUAGAACAUGCCUAUGGAUAUAUCUAAUAGAUUAUUUAUUAGAACAUAUAUCCACAACUAUAAGUUUUAUCACUACUUAGAGUUUUUAUUUGGGUUACCCAUUUUGUUUAAUUUGUUUCUAUAACAUAUGUGAUAUGUACUUAUAUUAUGUUAACUUUGUCUUAAAUCAUUAAUCAAGAAUUAACUUUUAAAUAAAAUUAUGUAUUAUGUAAUAAGAAACAAAUUAGUAUUUAGGAAAUAAAUCAAAAUUUGUAUUUAGGAAAUAAAUCAAUUAUAAUAUCACAUUAUUCAUGGUUUUAGUUGUUUUGCAGGUUCCACAUGUUAAGUAAUUCAAAACAAUUAUAUAUGCAAUUAAUAUAGCAUAAAGUUAUUUUGGGUUAAAUGAUUAAUGUUUUCACUUUAAAAAAGGCUAAAAGUAGAAACUAGACACGUGUCUGCGUGUAGUAACAAAUAAUAUAGCCAAAAGAUGCACCUACGUACAUGUAUUCAUUCUUAUUACAAUUUUGUUAGAUUUCUUUUUUGUUGCAUUUAUUUGCAGGAAGGGGAUUUAUGCGUGUUGGACUCAAGCUUAUCAUUCCAUGCCACUAUAUAAACGCAACAAAACGGUACGAUUCUUGUCAAACGCGAUCUUGUUAGUGAGACAGAGAGAAGAACAAACGAGACUACACCCCGUCUAGAGAUGAAUAUAGCACUCUUGCAAGGCAUCAAAAACUAUUGGCGCCCUGCUGCUACCAGGACCAGCUUUGGCGCAGAUGACACUGACAUGGUGCCUAUCGUGUGCGACAACGGAACUGGAAUGGUCAAGGCGGGGUUAGCUCGAGACGAUGAACCAAGCGCUGUGUUCCCAAGCAUCGCUGGCCGUCCACGACACAUGGAGCAGAUUAACAAUUGGGAUGACAUGGAGAAGAUUUGGCACCAUACUUUCUACAACGAGCUACGUGUGGCUCCUGAAAAACACCCUGUGCUGCUCGGUGAAGCUCCUCUAACCCCAAAGGCCAAUCGAGAGAAGAUUACCCAAAUCAUGUUUGAGACCUUUGGUGUCCCUAAACUAUACGUUGCCAAUGAAGCCAUUCUUUCUCUCUAUGCCUCUGGUCGUACUACAGGUAUUGUGGUGGAUUCAGGAGAUGGUGUAAGCCACACAGUUCCCAUCUUCGAAGGUUACCCACUCCCACAGGCGAUCUCGCGUCUAGACCUAGCAGGCCGAGACAUAACCGACUACCUCACCAAGAUCAUGAUGGAACGUGGCUACACAUACACCACAACAGCCGAGCGUGAGGUUGUCAGAGACAUCAAAGAGAAACUAGGUUACAUAGCUCUCGACCACGACCAAGAAAUGAAGAAAGCAACUGCGAGCUCAGCCAUCGAUAGAACCUACGAGCUUCCAGAUGGUCAAGUGGUCACGAUAUGAGCCGAGAGAUUCAGGUGUGCUGAGGCUCUUUUUCAGCCCUCCUUGGUCGACAUGGAAACUUGCGGUAUUCAUGAGAUGACUUACAAUUCAAUCAUGAAGUGUGAUGUUGACAUAAGGAAGGAUUUGUUCGGAAACAUUGUAUUGAGCGGUGGCACAACGAUGUUCCCUGGGAUUGCUGAUAGGAUGAGCAAAGAGAUGGCUGCGGUUGCACCUGCUGGCAUGAAGCUUAAACAUGUGGUUGGUUUUGAAAGGAAGAACAUUAAUGUUUGGAUUGGAGGCGCCAUUUUGGCUUCUUUAGACAGUUUUCAACAGAUGUGGGUGACUAAGGCUGAGUAUGACGAAAAUGGACCGGGGAUUAUUCACAGAAAAUGCUUCUAAUAAUUAAGUUUAUUAGCCUUAAAUCAUCAUUUGUUCUGCUGAUAUAUAUAUGCUUUCCUCUUCUUAGUGUUAUGCCUGGUGAAAUAAAUCGUGUUGAGGGAAGCAAUAUAAUUGACUUCUUUGUUUGUAUUAAGUUAACUUUUUUAAGUAAUUUAUUUCUCUCCCA